AUGAAAACUCUAUAUCUACUUUUCUUCUUACUUUCGCUAACAUCAGCAGAUUCUUUUCUGAAAUUGGGCUGUUACAAAUCUUCGGAUGUCAAACUGACCUUGGAUUAUUCUGAUGAAUAUACCUGGCAAACCUCUUCACAUUGUGAGUCCCAAUGUUCUGGUAAAAGAUUGGCUGCUCUUUCGGAUGGUAAAUACUGCUACUGUGGAUCUUCUGAUCCUGAUAAAAGCGACCAGGUGGAUGAUGAUAAGUGUGACACUCCUUGUCAAGGUUAUCCGGAUGAAAAUUGUGGUGGGGACAACUACUUUUUGAUUUAUGUUAAUUCGGACGCUGAUAAUGAGUCAAGCUCGAGUUCUAGUUCUAGUUCUAGUUCGAGUUCGAGUUCGAGUUCGAGUUCUUCGAGUUCUAGUUCUUCUAGUUCGAGUCCAUCCAGUUCCUCUAGUUCUUCUAGUUCAUCCAGCUCCUCGAGUUCCUCCAGUUCAUCCAGUUCAUCUAGUACAUCCAGUUCAUCCAGUUCAUCUACAUCUACAUCUACCAAAUCCAAAGAUAUGACUACUCUCGUUUCCACUAUCACCUCUGGACCAAGUGGCUCGUCGAGUCAAGCUUCGGUUAUUGAAAUUACAAAGACUGCUUCGGCCACUGGAUCAAGUGACUCUAAUACCAACGCCAACAGCAAUACCAACUCACACUCUGGCUCUAAAAAAUCAAUUAGUACCGGGGGUAUAGUUGGUGCAGUGAUUGGUUCAAUCGCUGGUGCUGGUUUAUUGGCUGGAGGAGUUUUCUUUUUCCUUUGGCAUCGUAAAAAUAAAGAUGGUAAUCUUGAUGAUAGUCAUGAUGAUGAAUUCACUCUUAGUGGGCCAGAAAAGUUUUCAUCCGAUUAUCAAAUUAACUCUCAUCCAUUCAAUCAUAAUUCAAACAACCCAAGUAACGGUAGUGCCGCAUUAGGGGCAAUGGGAGUGGCAAUGGCUCCGUCUGGUGGUGCCCGUAGAACACCAAGUUCAAAUCAUAAUUCUAAUAAUUCCAAUAAUCACAUCAAUCAUCAUAAUCAAAACUCGAGUGAUUUCAACCAUUCCUACAGUUCUCAUCUGAAUAAUGAUGAACCAUUUUCUAAUUUUGAUCAUAAUGAUGAUUUCAAUUUUAAUAGACCAGAAGAAUUAGGUAGAAGACGCUUAAGUGAUGGCUCAUUACCUGAUAUGAUUGCAAGAAAUCCAGGCUCUUUGAAAGUGGUUAAUUAA